UCCAUGGAGUCGUCAACAAGUCUAUUAUUCACAACUAUUCGAAAUGGCUCCAGGAGGAAAAUCGGCGGGUAAAGCGAUGAAGAAGUCGUCCGGCAAGGCACAAAAGAACAUCGCCAAGUCCGACAAAAAGCGCAAGCCCAAGAGGAAAGAAUCGUACGCGAUCUACAUCUACAAAGUGUUGAAACAAGUACAUCCCGACACCGGUGUUUCGUCCAAAGCCAUGAGCAUCAUGAACAGCUUCGUCAACGACCUGUUCGAGCGCAUCGCCGCCGAGUCCAGUCGUCUGGCCCACUACAACAAACGUUCGACCAUUACCAGCCGGGAAAUCCAAACCGCCGUCCGACUCUUGUUGCCCGGUGAAUUGGCCAAGCACGCUGUCAGUGAAGGAACUAAGGCUGUGACCAAGUACACCAGCUCCAAAUAAAAGUCUCUCAUACGAUUUGAAAUAUCGUUACUCAACUAAAACGGCCCUUUUCAG